AUGGCGGCUGCCGUCGCUAUGGAGACAGAUGAUGCUGGAAAUCGACUUCGGUUUCAGUUGCAGUUGGAAUUUGUACAGUGUUUAGCCAACCCAAAUUACCUUAAUUUUCUUGCCCAUAGAGGUUACUUCAAAGACAAAGCUUUUGUUAAUUAUCUUAAGUACUUGCUUUACUGGAAAGAACCAGAAUAUGCCAAGUAUCUAAAGUACCCUCAGUGUUUACAUAUGUUAGAACUGCUCCAAUAUGAACACUUUCGAAAGGAGCUGGUGAGUGCUCAGUGUGCGAAAUUCGUUGACAAACAGCAGAUUCUACACUGGCAACACUAUUCUCGGAAGCGGAUGCGCCUUCAACAAGCCCUGGCAGAACAGCAACAGCAAAAUAACACGUAAGGAAAAUGAAAAGCUGGAAACAGACCAGGCUCUUAAAACUAUAUAUAAUGUAUUUCCAUUAUACAGUGAAGACAAAACAAGAGACUUCCUGCCUACCUUUAUCGUGGUAGCACCUGGAUACUUUAGUGUGCUUUUAA